GGCGGCGGCGGCGGGGGCGCCAUGGCGGCGCCGGGUGGCGGGCCCUGAGCGCCGCGGCGGGCGCGCACCAUGAACUCGUGGGACGCGGGCCUGGCGGGGCUGCUGGUGGGCACGAUGGGCGUCUCGCUGCUGUCCAACGCGCUGGUGCUGCUGUGCCUGCUGCACAGCGCCGACAUCCGCCGCCAGGCGCCGGCGCUCUUCACCCUCAACCUCACGUGCGGUAACCUGCUGUGCACCGUGCUCAACAUGCCGCUCACGCUGGCCGGCGUCGUGGCGCAGCGGCAGCCCGCCGGGGACCGCCUGUGCCGCCUGGCCGCCUUCCUCGACACCUUCCUGGCCACCAACUCCAUGCUCAGCAUGGCGGCGCUCAGCAUCGACCGCUGGGUGGCCGUGGUCUUCCCGCUGAGCUACCGCGCCAAGAUGCGCCUCCGCGACGCCGCGCUCAUGGUGGCCUACACGUGGCUGCACGCGCUCGCCUUCCCCGCCGCCGCGCUCGCCCUGUCCUGGCUCGGCUUCCACCAGCUGUACGCGUCGUGCACGCUGUGCAGCCGGCGGCCGGACGAGCGCCUGCGCUUCGCCGUCUUCACGGGCGCCUUCCACGCGCUCAGCUUCCUGCUGUCCUUCGUCGUGCUCUGCUGCACGUACCUCAAGGUGCUCAAGGUGGCUCGCUUCCACUGCAAGCGCAUCGACGUGAUCACCAUGCAGACGCUCGUGCUGCUCGUGGACAUCCACCCCAGUGUGCGGGAGCGCUGUCUGGAGGAGCAGAAAAGGAGGCGUCAGCGCGCCACCAAGAAGAUCAGCACCUUCAUAGGGACCUUCCUCGUAUGCUUCGCACCCUACGUGAUCACCAGGCUGGUGGAGCUGUCUUCCUCGGUGCCCAUCGGCUCCCACUGGGGGGUGCUGUCCAAGUGCUUGGCCUACAGCAAGGCCGCGUCGGACCCCUUCGUGUACUCCUUACUGCGACACCAGUACCGCAAAAGCUGCAAAGAGAUCCUGAACAGGAUCCUCCACAGACGCUCCCUCCACUCCUCGGGCCUCACGGGCGACUCCCACAGCCAGAACAUUCUGCCGGUCUCCGAGUGAAGGACGCCGCUCUUGCUGGAGACGGAGGAAUGAGACAGUUGGUGAGAAGCGGGAAGGGAGGGCUCGGGGUCCUGGGCGGACUCCUCCAGCUGCCACCCCCCUGGGCGGCCCAGCGAUGCCUGCUCCCUGGUUCCUCAAGGGCAGAGGUUGGACCGUUCCUGUUUUGCACCAAAGGAUGACCGAGGUUACUCGCUCUGGGCUUUCCUUUCAGAGGAGCUCCUUUGAGCUCCUGGACUCAACCAGAGACUCCCCAGAAGUGACGCCAAGUCUGGUCACGAUCAAGGACACACAGCGCUGGUGGCAGGUGGGGAAGCAUGGCGUCCACCUGCUCCCUAACCCCUGGGCGUUGGGCUCCACGCUGAAGAGUGGUGGUGGUCUCCAUGGGAUGUGAGUCAUGCUGAACGUGAGGUUGGCAGCGGCCUUUCGGCCUUACCUCCAGCAUGGCUGCUCUUCUCCACGUGGUCGUGGUGGCGGCUUUAACCCAAAUCUCACCCAGCUGGUAGUCACCAAAUUGUGCUCAGCUGGGACUCGGGACCCUGAGUCCCAGGGGAAAAUGUUGAACGACUUGCUGCUGCCCCAUUGUGGCUGAGCCGUGGUCUUAGAAAUGGUUCUGUUGGGUUGAACUCUGGUCCCCCAUGUGUCCACAAGAGCUAACAUUUGUGUGUGUAGACAAUCUUAGCCUGAAAAUGGUUUAAACAGGCAGUCACCUUCUUCUGAUUCACCCGUCCUAACCGCUGGAGCCAAGGAGAGGCAGGAGGAAGGAGGCUGCCUGGUGCCCCCACCCCUGGUUGUGACCUGAAUUUGCAGGAGGCUUUUCACCUCCAGCUGGUCCUGUGAGAGGCCCCUACAAGAACUGACCCGAGCAGGGGUUCGAUGGGUUUGAUAUUGGUUGUAAGGCCCUGGGCUCCAUGAUCCCAGUGGCUACACAUCUGGUCUCUGUGAGUCUAUCAGCAGAAAGUGGAGGCUGUUCCAGGUGAUCAAGAAUGUGCCCUGUGCUAGUAAAGAGAGGGUAACAUUUUUAUGGAAAAUGAUCGCUUUGAUAUCUCUGCCAAACCAUUAGCAGCUCCAUCUUGAUUUACGGAAAGCCAAGGUGAGUGGGCCGUGCUCUCUGCCCAUCUGUCUUUGUUUAUCAUUUCGGAUGAUAUGUGAAUGCCAAGAGGGUUAUUUCUCCGUCCUCUGUUCUGAUGCCUCUGGGGUAGAAAGGACGGGGAGCCACAGACUCUGAUGGCUUGUCUUUCCAGCUCUCUGUGUCCUAGCUUUGGAAGUACAGGGGGAGGACACUGUCCAGCACAGACCAAGUGGCAAGAGUCUAACAUUUUUUACUGCCGAGGGCCCCAGUAUGGAAAGACAGAGAAGUGUUGUGCACAUUUCCUUGAAAAGAUGUUGUGGAAAUUACCUUAGCUCCCCAUUUAGAAAAGAGAUAGCUGAGCCCAGCCUAGUCUUGCCUACUUUCCAGGUUUUCAUGGGACAGACAUGGCCUCCCAGGCCUUGGCGCCUGUCAGUUCUAGUUGGAGGUGUGCUCACACUGCCUGGAGGAGCCCGUGGGGCACAUCCCUGCCCAGCUCUGUGUUGAGGGACAUCACGUUGGUAGCUUGAAAUCAGCCAUGAUGGGAAUACUUAUGCCAAGAAAAUCAGCAAAAUCUAAAACCAGGACUUCCGCCCUGAGAGCCGGUGGUCCAGCGUCCCCCAGCACACCACUGCCCAGACAUGACUUUGUGCUCUGAUUCACAGCACGUUCGUUUGAAUCAAGUUUGAAUCACAGCAGACAUUCAUUUUAGUGGAACUUUCCUAGUGACAAGCAGCUGUUCAUGCCCACCCCACAGUCCCAACCCCAAAAGUACCGAUGAGGUUGCAAACAAGAAUGAAGCCAAGAAGGUAGGCACGAUGGAAUCCUACAAUCUCCCUUUCCAUGCAAAUAUUCUCCAAAUUGGGCGACAGAGGAGUAGUGACCUAGUAGGUGAGGCUAAUAGGCAGUCAAGUUCAAGCAACAACCUUGUUUUCAUCCGAGUUGGGGAAUGACUAUGUCAAAUUCUCUUUCUUCUUGUCCUGUGUAUGCGACCUGUUAUACUCCCAGAGGCAAAUGGAUCACUUUCACCUCUUCCUGAGCUAAAAAACAAACAAACAAGCAAAACCAAAAGAUCUCUCACCCACAAUACCACAAAUCUUAGAAAGAUACAUAUCAUAAUUUUUGCCAAGCUCCUAGGACUGCUAAAGUGAAAACACACACCAUAAAACCAGUUGUGUUGGCAUCAUGUAGACAAAAGACCAAAGAAGUCAGCCGAAGGGGUGUUUUCACUAUUGUCUGGACAGGCAUUAAGAGUCAAGGAGAAGCAAGGAGAAAGCAUUAGCGGUCAGCACCGACCAGCUCAGCUGUAAUUACCUUUAGAUGAGUGUUGGUGUUCAUCGAUACCCAGUCUAUAAAAUUCUCCCCUGGCUUCGUUAUUCCCGGGUGAAUUAUCUACCUCAUUUGCUAAUUUAAUUUAUCAAACACAACAUGGGUUUCUCAGGUAAAACACUCAGAAACAGCGAGAUCAGUGGGUCUGGGAACACUUACUUGACUUCAGUCUAGCAUCAGGCUCGAUGUGUAAGGCCCAGACUCUGGUGGACGCUGGAUCAGGUGGGAAAGAGCUUCAGGAAGCUUAGAACUGAAGCCUGGCCUGGGUGAGGGCCGGGGUCUGAUUCCUGCCCCUCCCCCCCACCAGGGCUCUGUCUCUAGCCCUACACAAGCAGAAAUGUAGAUUUAAUUCCUGCCCUGGGAGGCUUUUUCAGUCACCCUGCAACUACUCCAGCUUUUUCUUGCACUUCCUCUAGAAGGAGAAGGCACCAGAGCCCUAGGACCCUACCUGAGGGACCACCAGCUCAGGUGAGGGUCCUGGCAUCUGGGGUUUGUGUGUCUCAUGGUCAGCUGACCUCCGGGAGCGAUGUCGCUAAGGGCCAGCCUGUUUUUACUUAGAAAGCGGCUGGGUCAUGAGGGAAGUUGACUCGAGCCCCCUGAUACCAACAGCCCAUGCCUUCUGGGGUUCAGCUCAGUCUCCUGUCACCCUGAGCAAUAAACCUCUCUCGUGUCACUGAAAUUAGUUUUCUUUCUCAUGGUUCUCUUCUCUCUGAGAGAAGACAGACAGGACAGGCCAUGCCCACGCGCAGGCAGGGAGACGAUGCCUGGGGUAUGGCCUAUGGCCGUGCAUUUCUAGAAUGUAACCCAAAUGCAGGAUAACUCAGAUGGCCCAUGGUCUUAAUGAGGAUAUUUUAUCAGGUGCCAGAAAUUCCUUGCAUUGGCUCCUUUCCUUUGGACCAUGAGCACCCCAGGAGAGAGUGAGGUCCGGGAUAUAUUUGUGCCCCCCCCCCUCCUUUCUGGAAGGUCUAAAGCACCUGGAACAGCUUUUGGCUUGUGAACUUCAUUAUCCACAGGAAACACCAAGGGAGCGUGUUUAAGAUGCAGAUUCCGGUACCCUCUCCUCAGAGAUUGGCCCGAGGCAACCUGGGAUUCUGCACUGUCGAACCUCCAUGCCCCGGCCACUGCGGCCGGGGGCCCCCCAGCUCUCCCCUGAGAAGGGGAUCUGGGACACAUGGACACACUCCGUGGAAAGCUGGGCCUUCCUAAAUAUCUCUGUUUGUCCUGUAGCUUUCCCCAAAUCUCCAGACAGUUCAGUCUUCAGCCUCAUUUAAGGGCUGAGUCAUUUUGCUCUCAGAGCGACAAUGCGCUCACUCCGUGAAAUUCUGAAAUUCUAAAAACCCGUCUUCAGAGACUCUGGUGGAAGAGCUGCCACCCUCCCCUCCAGAGGUAUUUGCAAAGCAACCUCAUUCCAUUCCCAGGGGCUCCCUGGUCAGAAGUGCGGGUGUCCGCGGUGGGAUCGGCAGAAUAUAGCAGCACUGGCUGGCUGGGGGCCGGGACACUUUGUUAGAGAGCAGGAAACUGGCUCUUAGAGGGUCCCGUGGGGACAUGUGCUUGGGUCUCCUCUCCGCCUCUGCCUGGGCAGCCUGGCUGUGGGAGCCGAUGGCCUCUGGGUCCUCUGCUGCCAACCACAGCUAGCCCAACGCCCUUCCCACCCAGCCUCAGUCCCCGGGAGUGGAGCCAGGCCAAGGUCAGGCCAGAGGGAGACAGUGCUGGAUGCCAACCCCUGAGUGUGGGUCUGUUUUUGGUUCCCCACUUCAUCCAGCAAGGCUGACCCAGUCUGGGCCCCCCGGGAGUCGCUCCUCAUAGUGACCGUGGUCCGUAGCCCUAACAGCUCAUGGGUACUGAGGGAAACUUACAAGCCAGUGCUGUGCUGAGUGCUUUCGGGCCAUGUUUCCAUGGGUCAUCACCAUGACCCUAGGACGUAGGGACUGGCAUCUCCUUUUCAGACUGCUGGGAAGGUCUGUAAGUCCUGGGGUAGCAGUUAGAGAUGUGUGAGGGGCAACACAAAACAGGCCGUGGGCUCCAGAAGGGCAGGCCGGUGCCGAUAGGACGUCGCAGCCGCACCCAGCUGGGGCAGCUGCAGACACAGCAGGUGUCUUUCCAUUCAGCAGAGAACCCCUUGCUCCCAGCUUCGGUGCUAAUGCCCUCACCCCCAAGCCGGGCCCUGGGGCCCCUCCCAGCACACGGCCGCCCCUUGCUUGGGAAGGACGCCUCUAGACUUCUCUUUCUCUAGGAGAAUUCGGUGAGAGGGGGGAAGGACUGAGCAGCCGCUUCUGUACCUGGGAUUUAUGCUUCCCAGGCCCUUUUCACCUCCAAGAAAUCUAUCUGACGAGAUGUCUUAGGUGUUUGAGGACUCACUGUUAACCUGCAUUUUCCCGAAACUCUGGGCCAGUUGCCCUUAGGAUAUCAGAACAACACAGCAGUGUCCUGAUGCCAGACAGGUUCCCGUGGAAGACCCUGGUGUUGGCUUCGGACCCCAGGCUGAGCUGGCCAUAAGUAGAGGUUGGAUGGAGGUGUCCUCCCCAGUUUGCUUUUUGGAGUUCGGAGGAGAACCGUGGCUGAGGCGGUGUGGCUUGUAAGCCUCUUCACGUUCCCAACAGUCUCCCACUUUCUCUCCAGACCACUUGCCCUUUUAGCCCCCAAAGAGCUAGUCCAACCCUUGGCCAGCUGCCUUUGUCCUGCUGCUGGCAGAAGCCUUGGCCCGGGGCGAGGGAGGAGAAUCAGGACUCUCAGGCUUGCUGUGGCAUCUCCAAUUUGGACAGAGCCAUGACGUCAAAGGCCUCCUCGUGCCUCCUUCCAUAAAAACGGGCCAUGGACUUGCUCAUCUUCCUGGGGAAUCUGUAUCGGGACAGGGAAGUGGCUGGGACAUGUGGCUUUGGGCAGCCUGGCCUAGAUAGCAUGGCACAUGCGGUGGUAUUGGUUGGGGUGGGGGGCAGGAAAGCAGAGUCCCGGAGCCAGGGAGGGAGGGACAUGGGGCAGCUGCAGGCUCCAGCCCAGAACUGCAGCCCAGAACGUGCCUGUCCCUCCUUGGAUGUUUCCUGAGCACCUUCUCUGUGCCCAGCCCGAUGCUGUAUCGGCCUCUGCGGGAGACAGGGCUGCCCAGGAGGGGUUGAGCACACUGCUCGGGGGUGCAGAGUGGGGGCUGAAGCACUUGACCAGUGGGGAAAGAGGGUUCUGGGAGGCUUUUCAGAGGUGAGGACACUGGCCCAGAACAUGUAGUAGGACAAACAGAGACAAGACACAGAGGAGAGGUGAAAGUGCCUGGGAAGGAGGCUCAUGGGCUCAGAGCUUGGUGCGUGCCCAGGAUUGGUGUCGGCUGAGUCCAGAGGAGAAAAAGUGCCUCCUGGGAGAGUGACUGAUCUGUGGACCAUGAGAGAUGAUCCAAGUUUUGGAGUUAGGAUACUGAAAUGAGGUCUCUUAGAGAGAACGCGGAGGGAAAUCGACAUGCACCUAGCUACUAAAAAGAAAAGGAACAGAAGAACGAAGGAAGGUAGGCAAGAGGGAAGGAAGGACGGACGGACGGAAGGACGGAUGGACAGAAGGAAGGAAGGGCCAGAACAAACUGCAUUUAUUUUAAGGGACAUCUACAUUUAACAGUGAGUGGGAGGAGGGCAUAUUUCAUUGUUCACAAACCAACCACGUUGGCCAGGGCACCUCCCUGACAAUAUGCACGAGGGGCACAGAGGUGUGUCUUCAGUAGUGAGGGUGCAUAGGCUCUGUCACCGCCGGGUCCUGACGGCCACUGCCACGCACCCCUGGGGACGACUGGAGGAAUUCGCACACCCGGAGCAGCCACGGUGGCGAAAGCUGCUCUCGUACCGUGUGGCAGGUCAGCCACACUGCAUUCACACCCACACCGCCAUUGGGCUUGUACCGUUGGCUCGCACAACGUCAUGUAAAGAUGUCUCUAGCAUUUCAAGGUCAGUCGUUAUGAAUCCACUCAGUCUUAGCAGGGCUGGAAUGGCCAUAUUUAAAGAUUUUUAAAAUAAUUUAGAUUGUGGACUCAAAGAACUGUGCGCACCUUUGGGAAUGCGUGUGCUCCUAGGAAGACCAUCGUAGCAUUUCCUGAGUCCUUUCUUCCACGGGCUGGUGACUCUAGAGUUGGGAUCUUAUUUCUCCCCUGAUGCAAAGGGUUGUUGCACGUAUUCAAGAGAACCUCAGGUCCAUGUUUCAAUAGUUUCAAAGAACCCAAGAUCUGUAUUUGGACAUGGAAACCCACUCUGAUCAUCCCCAUCAAGGUCCUGGCCUUGAUAUCACCCCAUCCUGUCCAGAGGGAAUGUGUUUGGGAGAGAAUCAGAUGCCAUCACGAUGGCACACCUCGGUUAGCUUCAUCUGAGUCGGUCCAUUUCCUGAUGACCAGAUACCAAAGCCCCAGCCCCUAAAGGCUCAGCCUGCCAUUGCCUUGCCUCCAAGUCUUUUAAUACCAAAUCCUUGCUUGAAUUACUUGCAACCUAACACUAUGCUCUAAAAACCUUUAAAUGCCAAGUUCCCCUGAAAACUGAAAUCAUUCCAAACCUCAACAAUCCUGUUUUACAACAAGCAUGUAAAUAGGACCUCCUCUGGAACAUUCGAGGGACAUUUAAUGAGGAUGGUGUCUCGCCAAGCCCAUCAAGGUGUCCCCAGGGGAAACCUGGUUAAUUGCGGGUCACAUACAGCAUUGGCAGCCCAGGGACACAUCAUAAAGAAGUCUUGUCCUCCCCUCAUUACCACACAGGGCAUUUUUCUAGGUAUUGGAAUAAGCCUGUCUUUGCAUUUGUAGGCUCAUUUGGGAGAAGAGAUUGAAGCCCUUGCUGCUUGGACGUGUGUUACCAUUUUGGUGAGACAGCUCCUAGGAGGACAUGAAUCUGUUGCUCUGUUGAGGUGUCCGGUGGAGGCCAACCUCCCUAUUCAUCUUCCCUCAUGGAGCACGCCUGUCUCCCACACAGAGGCUUUGCCCUGCUCAGUGCCCAGCUCGAGAGCACCAAAGUCAAAUUCUCAGUUGACCUUGAGUUAUCAUAGGUUUCAUUAUUUGUUAGUGUCUGUGCAAAGUGGGGAGGGGGACUUAUGCUGUCUGUAGCUUGGGGCAUCCAGAGAACAGACCAAUGGAUGACAAAAGGGAGCCCACCUUAAGGAAACCUAAGUAUGCGCCACCUCGUUUAGCAUUCCACAUGGAAAUGUACGUUGUAUAUGGACACUUGAAAAAUACUUUCGGAAACCAGGAUUUAGAAAAAUAAAAGAUUUCAUUCCCGGAGACAAAGUGAUCUGGCUCCUGUACCAUGUUCUAUCCCUAACGUCAGACCCAUAGGAAAAUGGAGAUGUUUCUGUUGGAGCAAAUGUGCCCAUGAACACGUGUGUCGUGCUUCUGUGUGCCCAUGAGUAUAUGCGUAUGGGUCAGCGUUCACAGACUCAAACAGCCGCAUAUGGAGUAAAAAAAAAAAAAAAAAAGGAAACAAAAUUUUAGCAGCCUCUAAUGUUUAACUUUGUAUUGUAGCUUUAACUUUAUUUUCUCCUAAUUUAUUAAACAGAAAUAUAGCUCCAUUAUACACGUGCACACACACACACACACAUUAUUAGAAGCCCCCCAAUGUGACAAUAUUACCUUUCAUGUAAUACACUUGCCAACACUGUUUUUCUGUUGCAACAGGAAUCAAGAAUUUUGAAUCCAAGGCCAAUGUUGCCUGCUCUGUUUACAAUGGCUUGUGUUUUGUGAAAACAUAUCAAAUGUUGUAAUAUAUUUUUAUGAUAGAAUCGAUAGUUAAUACGGGGGGAUGGGAGGGGAGGGAGGAAGUAUAUAUUGUGAUUCUGUCCAAUAAAGCCUCCUGUUAUAAAAUC